UACCGAUAAUAAAAAGCCAACUAAAAUCCUUCCAAGGCAAGAUUACCAAGUUUAUUUGGAACAGAAAGGGUCCACGCCUUCCAUCACGUACUCUAUAUAACUUACCUGGACAAGGCGGUCUGGGAGUACCUAAUUUAAUAUGGUACUAUCAAUCAGCAAGAUUAGCGCAAUUGUCAGAAAUGUAUCUCAAACACGAUCGUCCUGAUUGGAUAGACAUUGAAGAGCAGGCGACCCCAAAUCUAACGAUAGAGGAUUUAAUGUGGUGUCUUACCAAAAAGAGGCCUUCUAUAUUAUCACCGACUCUAUCUCAGGCUUUAGUCUUAUGGGAUUCACUUAAGAACAAUUCCUCUCUAGUUUCUAGGGGUAGGCCUUUAUCGAGUAUAUUUCAAGACCCAUCUUUUGUUUCAAAAAUAGAUAAAGACUCCUUCAAAUGGUGGCAUGAUAAGGGGUUGUAUCGUAUAGGACGCUUCUUUUCACAUUCAGGUCCUCUCCCUGGACAGCAUUUCAUUGAUAAACUAGGUCUCCCUGUUUCGGAAAAACUGAAAUUUUCUCAGCUGCAUGACCACGCACAAAGCCUAUGGGAUAGUGACUUGAUCUCUGGAUUUUUGACACCUUAUGAAAGUAAAUGUGAUCAGGAUUUGAUCAGGAAGGGAAAUAUUUCAGUUAUCUAUAAAUCGCUUGCUGCUAAUAACACCAAAUUACCUCAUAUGCUGGCUUGGGAAAGGGAACUUAAUAAUGAUUGGGACUUAUCGGACUGGUAUAAAAAUUAUACCAGAUCCAUCAAAGGUUUUGUCAAUAUAUCUCUUAUAGAAGCUAACGUAAAAAUGUAUACAAGAUGGUAUUUAGUUCCUCUUAAACUGGCCUCCAUGUAUCCGUCAACUUCAUCCCUAUGCUUUAGAAACUGUCAGGGAUUGGGGUCCAUGAUACACAUUUGGUGGGAAUGUCCCAAAAUACGGGGAUACUGGAAUAAGGUGUUUAAUAUUGUCAGACGAGUCACAGGAUGUAACUUGCAUCAAUCCCCUACAAUUGCUUUACUUAAUGGAAUGUUACCUCAGAUUUCCAAGGUUACUAGACAGCUCAUCCUAUACAUUAUGACAGGCGCCAGGAUCACCCUCGCAGCUGCAUGGAAAAAGUCGACUGUAUCCAUUUUAUAUAUGAAAAGGAAGGUUACAUGGAUUAUGGAACAAGAGAAGAGGGUCUGUUCCAUGUUGGAUAGGUCUACUCUUUUCUAUGAGAUCUGGGAACCCUGGUUGAAAUACAUGGGGAUACCUUAUACCCCGUGAAGGUUAUGAUAACAUAUAUGUCUUCAUGUUGAUGUAAAUUAAUGGCAGGCAGGCUGCCUAACUCUUCUGAUCAUCUUCUAACUCUUUCCUUUUUCCUUUUUCACCCCCCCUUCUGCCUUAUGUUGUUCUUCUUUCAUCUUACCUUUGAUUCUUCUUUUGUUUUAUUUCGUUGCUUUUAUUUUCUAUGAGGAUGGAAGUUACAAUGUUGUACAUCCUCAAUACGUUUUACUUUCAAAAGAUCUGUUUAUUUUGAGGUAAUUGAAGAAUUCCAUCCAGC